UCUUAAUAGGGAGGUAGGCUCACUUAAACAGAUCGGGGGCGACUUCUCUUCGGAUAUAAAUUGAUUAACCGUUAUAGAUUUCGUGUAAUAGCUUAUCCCUACAUCGUUGGACCGACAGAAACUUUUCAUAUAACAGAUAUUUCAGUUCCUGUUUCAAUUUCAUAUCACCAUGAAAGCAAUUUUCUUACAGUUCUAGUUUACAAAAAAGGAUCAAAUUUGGAUUCUCGCAAGUCAUCAUAACGCGGAUAUAGAGCGCUGUACAAAAUACAUUUGAUGAAAAAAGCGAACAUGGUGUCAAAAGUUUUCUUGGUGCUGAUUUCUACCUUCAUAUCUUCAGGUAUCUGUACACAAAAAAGAGCUCUUGGAGAUUCGAAAUCCUUUGAUGGAAUGAUGGCAGCCAUGUCUUUACCCACAAUGCAACAGGAAAACUUCCACAAAACAUGUUUACAAGAUAUACCGACAGAGGUUUUACUUCGAGAAGUGUACACUAGGACGGGUAGAGACGAUACUAUGAGCAAAUCACUUCCGGAUCCGGUUGACCCAGAAUUGGAAAGACCAUCACGGGCUGAUAGAAUAAUGGCACAAAAACGCGGAGGCAGAAACAAAAUUUCCGGAUUUUAUAGUAAUUGGUAGACUAAACACAACCCUUUACUACUGAGUGCGAUGAAGGACCUCAUGCUUUUGCGAUUGUAUUAAGACCUAUAUGUAUAUUCAUUAAGUUUUGAAAUGUGGAAAAUAAAUGUAUUUUAUUUCA